AUGGCUGGAUCUCAUAGUCCGUACGAUAUUGAAAGAAGUAUUCCUAUGACCACUGGUGCGUUUGAAAGCUGUAUGACUAUUCCUGCUUACAAUACUGCAACAUACGUGUCUGGUCUAUUCUAUUCUAAGACGCUGGCUAUUCUCGACAUCAACACACCUGCAGUCACCGAUACUGCUAAUAACAAAAAAUUGUUCCCGGAGAUAAUACGGCUGGAUCUGAGACGCACUAAGUUACUUGCGAAUUUUUUAUUAUAA